AUGUCGACUGCAGCACGUCGCCGCUUGAUGCGUGACUUCAAGCGCAUGCAAACAGAUCCGCCAGCAGGAGUCUCAGCUUCGCCCGUGCCCGACAAUGUCAUGACCUGGAACGCCGUCAUCAUCGGUCCCGCAGAUACCCCCUUUGAGGAUGGUACAUUCCGGCUCGUCAUGCAUUUUGAGGAACAGUACCCAAACAAGCCGCCUUCGGUCAAGUUCAUUAGCCAGAUGUUCCAUCCAAACGUAUAUGCCACCGGCGAGCUAUGUCUCGAUAUCCUGCAGAACAGGUGGAGUCCGACAUAUGACGUCGCAGCGAUCCUCACAAGUAUUCAAAGUCUCCUGAACGAUCCCAACACGGGCUCUCCAGCCAACGUCGAGGCCUCGAACCUUUACAAAGACAACCGCAAGGAGUACACCAAGCGAGUUCGCGAAACGGUCGAGAAGAGCUGGGAAGACUAA